AUGGUUUCCUUCAAGUCUCUGCUUCUCGCCGCUGUGGCUACCACCAGCGUCCUCGCUGCUCCCUUCGAUUUCCUUCGUGAGCGCGACGAUGUCAACGCGACUGCUCUCCUUGAGAAGCGUCAGUCUACUCCCAGCGCCGAGGGAUACCACAAUGGAUACUUCUACUCGUGGUGGACUGAUGGCGGUGGCUCUGCCCAGUACACCAUGGGUGAGGGCAGCAGGUACUCCGUGACCUGGAGGAACACUGGCAACUUUGUUGGUGGAAAGGGGUGGAACCCUGGAAGCGGCCGUGUCAUCAACUACGGCGGAGCCUUCAACCCCCAGGGCAACGGAUACCUCGCUGUGUACGGAUGGACCCGCAACCCGCUUGUCGAGUACUACGUGAUUGAAUCCUACGGAACCUACAACCCCAGCAGUGGAGCCCAAAUCAAGGGCAGCUUCCAGACCGACGGUGGUACUUACAACGUUGCCGUCUCCACCCGUUACAACCAGCCCUCUAUUGACGGAACAAGGACCUUUCAGCAGUACUGGUCUGUCCGCACCCAGAAGCGUGUCGGUGGAAGCGUGAACAUGCAGAACCACUUCAACGCUUGGUCUCGCUAUGGCUUGAACCUUGGUCAACACUACUACCAGAUCGUCGCCACUGAGGGUUACCAGUCCUCUGGAAGCUCUGACAUCUAUGUGCAGACUCAGUAG